CAAAAAGAGUGUUAUAAUCCGGACCCGAACUAAUCUGGUCCAAACCGCCAUCCCAUUCUAUUACCCGAACUAUCGCCCCCACUCUCCGUACGGCGGCCCUACACUUCCACCGCACUCAACACAUUGUUAUGGAAGCUGUAGUGCCAUUGAGAACCACCUUUACCGCGACGGCAACUGCAGCGUCGACGGCAAGACCUAGGCUAUCAUUCCAACCCCUUGCCAAGAAUUUCGCAUUCUCCAGGUUAAUUCCAGCCGGAAUUUCCAGGACUGAUCGAGCUCGCUCUUCGCUGCAAUGUCCCCCCGUUCGAGUUCAACAGGAUGGAUCUGCGGUGGUUUCUGAAGACACCAUUUCUGAAGAAGAUGCUCUCAAAAUAAAGGAGUGGGAAGUGGAGAGAUUGCAAGACGAAAUAGCUGCAAGUCAGGGUAUAAGAAUUAGGAGGAGGCCACCAACAGGACCUCCUUUGCACUAUGUUGGCCCUUUUGAAUUUCAAGUGGAGAAUGAAGGCAAUACUCCAUGCAACAUUCUAGAAGAAAUUAUAUGGUACAAAGACAAGGAAGUUUUGCAGAUGAAAGAGAGGACACCUCUUUCCGCGUUGAAGAAAGCUAUUAGCAGUGCUCCACCUACUAGAGAUUUUCUAGGAGCUCUCAGAAGAUCAUAUUCGAGAACUGGAUUGCCUGGUCUUAUUGCUGAAGUGAAGAAGGCUUCUCCAAGUAGAGGAGUUCUUCGAGAAGAUUUUAAUCCUGUAGAGAUUGCCAAAGCUUAUGAAAAAGGUGGGGCAGCGUGCCUUAGUGUUUUGACCGACGAGAAGUAUUUUCAGGGAAGCUUUGAGAAUCUCGAGGCCAUAAGAAAUGCUGGAGUAGAGUGUCCUUUGCUGUGUAAAGAAUUUGUUGUAGAUGCUUGGCAAAUCUACUAUGCUCGUAUUAAAGGUGCCGAUGCAAUUCUUUUAAUUGCUGCUGUUCUACCAGAUCUUGACAUCAUGUAUAUGACUAAGAUCUGCAAAUUACUUGGAUUGACGGCGCUAGUUGAGGUGCACGAUGAGAGGGAAAUGGAUCGCGUCCUCGGAAUCGAUGGGAUUGAGCUUAUUGGCAUCAAUAAUCGAGAUCUUGGAACAUUCAAGGUGGACAUUAGCAAUACCAAAAACCUUCUUGAAGGAGAACGUGGGAAAAGGAUCCAUGAGGAGGGCAUAAUUGUGGUUGGAGAGUCUGGACUCUUUACACCUGCUGAUGUUGCUUAUGUACAAGAAGCUGGUGUUAAAGCAGUGCUAGUUGGAGAGUCACUUGUAAAACAGAAGGAUCCUGCUAAAGGAAUAAGUGAACUCUUUGGUAAAGAUAUUUCUUGCGAAGGUCACUCCAUUUAACUUCGUAACUCUUUCUUGAAGAGAGUAUUGUUGAGAUUCUUCGCCACAAUCAUUCCCUUACAAUAUGUAUCACAGAGGUCUUCAAUGGAAUGAUGCAUAAUGUAGACUGCAGUUUCAAUGGGAAUACCUUUCUCAAGUGCUAGUUGUAGGUUCCAUUAAAUGUGUAUGAAUUGUGUAUCUCAGGACAACUGAGAGUAUUUUGCAGACGCUCUUGUAAAAACAGCUUAAUUGGGGCAAGAGAUCAUCCUUUGACUGCUAAUAUGAAUUAUAUCCUUUGUGAAUAUGCCUUACCAUCCGAAACCUU